GCAAGCAGGGUGGAACAUGCACGGAUCGGCUUCGAGAUGGGACACGGCCACCACCACCAUUACCUACCGGAAGCGCCACCGAAGCCGUGGUUCCCAUGGCUUGUGCCGCUCAUAUUUCUGGCAAAUACGGCCUUGUUCGUCUACACAAUGUACCUCAACGAUUGCCCUAAUUCUUCCUCCCCUCCGGUUCACUGCCUCUUCACUCAUCAUCUCCACAGAUUCUCUUUCGAACCCUUGAGCCAAAAUCCCCUUCUCGGCCCUCGUGUCGACGCGCUGAGAAAAAUGGGAGCUCUUGAUACGGACCUAAUUCUGGAGAAGCACCAAGGAUGGCGUUUAGUGUCGUGCAUAUUUCUCCAUGCUGGACUUAUUCAUUUACUUCUCAAUAUGUUCAGUCUGUUAGUUACUGGUGUUCGACUUGAGAGGGAAUUUGGGUUCCUGAGAAUAGGGUUAGUGUAUGUGCUAUCUGGUUUUGGAGGAAGCUUGGCGUCUGUUAUGCGUAUGAAAGGAUCAGCACAACACCAAGUUUCUGUUGGAGCUUCAGGCGCACUUUUUGGACUUCUUGGUUCCAUGCUUUCUGAGCUUCUCAUCAACUGGUCUAUCUAUACCAACAAGAAAAAGUAA